AGGAGAGACACUUUCUCUUUCCCCUUAGUAUGUUUCUCUCUUUCCCAGAAGUCCACACCCAAUGGAGAGCUAACGUCAGCAAUCUUACUGCUUUAUUGCUCUUGACAGUUGUAUCGGCAGGAGUGUUCUGUCCUCCAGACAUUAUCCAGAGAGAUAAAAGUGAACUCAUAAAGCUGAGGAUCUUUGAUCCGUCAAUGGCUUCACAGACCAUAAACUUCAUCACCUGGAAUGUUAAUGGACUUAAACAAAACAGAGAUCAGAAAUUUCAAGAACUUCAAAGUGCUGAUAUUGUUUUCUUGCAAGAGACUCACAUUGGAGUAGAAGAUGAACAAAUAGAAGACUAUAAAAAAGAUUGGGUUGUUUUCUACACAAAGUACACCUCCUCCAGCAGAGGAACUGCCAUUCUAGUGAGGAAGAGUCUAGAUUUUGAAUAUAUAAGUGAUGACAAAGAUAACAGGGGAGCUUAUGUUGUGUUGAAAUGUAAGCUGGCAGGUCAGCUGUACACUCUGGUGAGUGUUUAUAACCAUCACACCGAUGCAAAAACCCUUGAUAAUCUUUCAGGAUACCUGCAGAAAAUGACCACAGGGCUGCUGGUAAUUGGUGGCGAUUUCAACACAAUUCUCAAUCCGUUUAUCGACAAAAAGAGUAACACAAGCAAGAUAGCAAAUAAAAGGAAUCAGAAAAAUCUGCUCUUGUUUGUGGAGAAGUUCAUGAAAUCUCUUCAGCUGGCUGAUGUCUGGAGAAGAAAGAACCCCAUAAAGCAGGAUUUUACAUUCUACAUAAAAGAUUGUCCGGUGUCCAGACUGGAUUACUUCUUCAUACCUGAUGAAUGUAUGUGGCGAGUGAGAAGUUGUGAAAUAAGAAACUCUGAGAGGCCUGACCAUCAGUCUGUAUCUCUGGAGAUCAAUAACAUCUCCACAAUUCCUUUAAUGAAACAAUGCCUUGUACAAUCGUUCUUCCAACUAUUAAAUCAUAAAAGUGAUAUAUUGACUGAUGAAAGAGGUCCAUCACAGGGGGAAGAAAACUCACAUGUAGUCAGUGAGGUUGACAUUGUGUCAGCUGUUCAAUCUCUUCAAGUUUCAGACACACCAAGACCAGACGACAUCCCAGUUUCUUUCUAUAGAGAGAAAAUUCAGGAUCUGAUUCCAUACAUAAAGACACUCUAUAACAGAAUCCGCAGGGGUGAAUUUAACUGCUCUGAGAAACAGUUUAACAAAACUGUGAAAAGCCCACAUGACGACAGUCAUCACUUUUUUAACAUUGACUACCUCAUCAUUGCAACUAUUCUGGCAAAACGUCUGGAUGAUUUCUUGGAGUCUCAAUCAAAGGGUCAGGUACCAGAAAACUCAGCUGCUGUCAUGAUCAGUCCUAAAACCUUCUGCACUGAGAUGAAGUUGUCUUGUAUAAAGGAUGAGAUAGAAAAACAAAAACGAUCAAAUCCAGCUUUAUAUCAGGAUUUCCUCAUUGUGAAAAACCUGUUGAGAGAUGCACCGGAAGGAGAUGCUGGAUUUACAAAUGUUUCAAGUGAAAGAGAUAAACUGCUGGAUCAGGGCUGCCCCUUGACCCCGGUUCUCAUUACACUGGCUCUGAAAUGCUUUGCCUCUGCAAUAGCUGGAGAUUUCAGACAGCAUGAAAUUCGAGUUUUCAAAGAAUGCGUGAUACUUUGCGUCCAACCUGAGGAUCUUGAGAAAGUAAUGGCUGCUGUGAGAAACAAAGCCAAUGAAGUAUUCCACGUCACAGAAUUAUUCAGCGGAAAUGUUAGACGUGAACAAUUAAAGUUUACAAGAAAUGAGAGUGAAAUGAACAACACAGCGGAAGAAUCGGAGCCCAGUUGGUCAAAAAUAAUCAAAAUCAAUGCAGAGAGUAGAGUGUGUGAGGAGCAUGAUUUUGAAAUACAUGAGGAUGAAGACAUUUUAGUGUUGGGUGAUGAAAGGCAGACCAUGUAUGCAGUUGUGACUCUGCAAGACUCAGAUGAGGUGAUGGUGGUGUCAUCAAACUGGUUGAGCCUGGAUAAAAAGCUAUGUUACUGGCCUCCAUUUAAAUCCACAGAGAAGUGUAUUGAAGCCGUUCAGAACAGACAUAAGCCUGAAACAGGAGGGAAACCAUGGGAGAAACUAAACGUUAGCUUUCACAGAGAAUAUGUCACAUUUGAUAAGGCAAAAGAGGGGCAAAAAGAAGUAAAGGAACAGAAGGAACGAUCAUAUCUAUUAGCCACUGGAUUUCCUGGAAUAAAGAGACAAAGACUUGAAAACUUUCAAGGAAUGUCAAAUAAUCCGCUUCAAACACUUGCUCCAGUAACAUCUACAUCUACAUCUACUGAUGACAAAGAUGAAAUCCUCAAAAUGCUAAGAGACAUUAAGAGCACGGUUCUGCGAAACUCUACCAUGUUAAAGAAACUAAUGAAAAACAAUGGAGUUUCUGAAGCCCCCAGCAGCAGCACCAAUGUGCCUCCUAAAGAGAUGAACAAAACUACAAACCUACAAUUACCACUAAAAACCUUUGAUGAUGUGGCCAGGAUUGAAAGAGAGCUCAGCAAUGCAACAACACGCAAAAAAUAUGCAAAACAUCUAUCAGAACUUGGAGGCUUUGGGCCAAAAGAUGUUGUUAAGAACAUAAUGCAAAGUGUCCUAACAGAUGAUCUGGCAAAGGAGUUCAACUGGCAGGGCAGAGGAGAAAAAAAGGCCUUCUCUCAGCUUCUUUUAGCAGAUGUGAUCAGAGAUGCUGCAUUCAAACGAAGCGUAAUCAGGCUGGAAUGUGAAAAGGAAAUUAAAAAAUAUCUGAGUUACACAGCUGAUCGACUCACUCGGAAGAGACCAAGACAAGAAGGAGGUCCUGUGGUUGGGAUCCCAGAUAUGAUUUCUCCAACACCCAUUGACGAAGACCCAGAAAUAAAUUGGGACAUUUUUGAUUGAGUUUUUGAAUCAGUCAUUGGUUAUGUAGAUCCAGUUACACAUUAAACAUUUAUUUCUGUGA